AUGCUAUCAGAGCAGGUCGAUCCCCUUGGGUUGAUCCUGUGGGUGGGCCCACCACCUAAUGCUUCCGCUGCUCUACUGCUGUCGCGCGCCCCGGGCGCGCUACCCUUUCUUCCUGCCGAGGCGCGCGCGCGCGAUUUUUUUUUUUCCGGUUUCCCUGUGUGGCGCGCGCCCGGGGGGCGCGCGGCCCUUUUUUCUUCCUGGCGAGGCGCGUGCGCCCCCCCCGUCCGUCCGUUGUGCCGCCCUGGCGAGGCGCGCGCGCUCCCCGCCCGUCCGUCGUGGCGCCUUGGGGGCAGCGCGCUCGGCCCCCGCCCGUCCGUCGUCGCACCCUCGGGGGCAACGCGCGGCCCCCGCCCGUCCGUCGCGGCGCCCUGGCAUGGCGCGCGCGGCCCCUGCUGCUUCGCCGCGGCGCCCUGGCCAGGCGCGCGCGGCCCCUGCUGUUUCGUCGCGGCGCCCUGGCCAGGCGUGCGCGGCUCCUGCAGGACCGUCACGGCGCCCUGGCAAGGCGCGCGCGGCCCCUGCUGGUCCGUUGCGGCGCCCUGGCUAGGCUCUCGCGGCCCCUUCCUGUCCCGUCCCCCCCCCCCGUGCUGCCCAUUACUCUCGUGCUGCCGUGCGUUCUGCGGUGCUGCUGCUGAGGGGGGUGGAGGUGUGGGAGCCGCGGGGAGUGGAGCUAGGGGGGUGACGUGGAAGUGGAGUUAG